AUGAAAAUUUAAUUAGAUAAAGACACAUACAUUCUCUAAAAAAAAAUAGGUGAAGGUAACUUUGCUACAGUUUAUGCUACUCAGCAUCAAAAUCUUGUAGCUAAAGUAUGUUACAAGUCAAAUCCUAAAGCAUUUAGAGCAUUCUAAAUAGAAAUGGACAUUUUGAAUAAAAUUUAAGGAGAAGGAAUUGUAAAACUAGAGAAGUCUGGCAUUACUCAAUUAUAAGGCUAAACAAGUGGAAUCUUGAUUUUAGAAAAUUGUUCUAAGGGAAGUCUAAUAGAUUUAAUGACAACUUAUGUAUUAUCAAAAAUAUCAUCAAGAUUAAUAGAAGACCUCCUGAACAAUUAGUAUUGAUGGUUGCAAGAGACAUUAUUAAAGGAUUAAUUUAAAUUCAUUAAGUACCAACUCUUAAAUAAAUAUUUAGCUUGGAUAUAUUCAUAGGGAUGUUAAAAUGGAGAAUGUACUUUUAAAUUCUUUAGGUUAUUUUAAACUCUGUGAUUUUGGUAGUGUUACUAAAACAAAAUAUUAUAAAAUAGAUAAUACUAAUAGAGAUACAAUUAAAGAUGAAAUCGAAGAAAAUACAACACCUUUUUAUCGUGCACCAGAAUAUAUUGAUUUCUAUGCUAAUUAUCCUAUUACUGAAAGUGCAGAUAUAUUUGCUUUGGGUGUUUUGUUAUUUAUGUUUUGCUUUUAAAAACCUCCUUUUGAAAGUGGUUUAGCAGCAGUCAAUAAUCAUUAUUUCAUACCAGAUUCUCAUGAAUAUUCACCUAAGUAAUCAAUUUUAACAUAAAAAUAGACUAAUCUAAUUGAUUUAAUCUCUUUUUGUUGUUAAUCCAAAAAAUAGACCAACUGCAUAAGAUUUAAUUUAAAAAAUAUAACAUAAUUGGUAGUUACCUUAGAGAUUCAUAGAAACAACUAAUUAACCAAUUCCUGUUCCUAAUCUUAAAUAAUAUUUUUCUUCUGUAGACAACGUUUAUAUUGAGAAAAAGGCUGCUCCACUUGGUUUUUUUGAUUAAGUUAAACGUUAUCUCUUCACAUUAAGUAGGAAAACAGAAGCAUGGGUAAUCUAAAGUACAAGCAAUGAUGAUGACCCUCCUAGAUUGGAGGAUAUAAGAUCUUUAGUUAUCAAAGCAUGGUUAAAGAGAGAAAAAAUACCAAAAUUUUAUCUAGCCAUCUAACAAAAAUUACUUUUGCCUCAACCUGAAAAUCAAAGAGUUAUGAUGAAGUUGGGCAUACUAUUACAUUAAUAUAUCAAAAAAGGUCCACCAGAUGUCUUAUAAGAAUAAAAAUAAAAGAAUUAACCUAAUAUUUGGAGUAUAAUAAAAAUUUUAACUGAUCUAUAUAAAUAGAGAAUUAAGAUUAAUCCUUAAAACGAAGUUAAAGUAAUUGCAAAUUAUUUUACAAUUAUAAAUAAGAAAUUAAUAAUUUGUAAUGCUAAUAAAAAAUUAUUUGAAGGUAGUUAUUCAUUAUCCCCUCUUUUCUUAUCUUUAGAAAAGGAGAAUUUUGGAAACCACUUGAAUCUAAAUUAAUAGAUGAUUUAUUAAUAUAUUGGUCAGAUUGUUUGCAAUAUUUAUCAGAAAUAUUUUAACCAACUUCUCUAUGGAGAAUUCAGACAUUAAUUAUAAUGUAAAUGGUUGAUGAAAUAUAUUCAUUAUUAUCCAUGUUACUUCAUUUAUGGAUUUCUGUAAAAGAAACUUUGAAUACAAGUGAUAAUUUAGAUACAUCAAAAUUAAUAGAAUGGAUCUUAAGUGUUGAUUAAAGAUAUCAAGAAAACUAUUUAAAAACGAAAAAGCUAUUUGAGAAAUGUUCAACUUUGUCUGAAUUUACAGAAAUUAAGAGAUUCAUGCCUAAUUUACAGUCUGAAGUUAUUAAUUAUAUUUAAUCAGUCGAGUAUUUUAAAGGAAAAACAAAAAUUGAACUUAGUCCCUAAAGAUCUAUACAUGGAAUUAAAAUGCCUGUAAGUUAUUAAGUAACUGUUCAAAAAUUAUAAUAAGUACUUUUAUCUAUGUCAGAUUUUGAUAAGCAAUAAAAUCAAAUUUAGUCAAAUCUGA